GCCACUUCGCAAACGGGUAAGAAACAACUUAACGGAUGAAACUUGCUUUUAAAAGUUGGUAGUAGAAUUAUUCAAAAUCCAAGUAUUCUAUUUGCAGUUUGACCUCAAUGGAACUCGUUGACACUUGCUCGCCCUAUGUGAUAGGGUAUCGUGCCAUGAUCACAACAUCAACAAUCAAACACACGAUAGUCGUGAAUACUGUAUGCAGUCGUCCACUCAAACAUAGUCAAGUCUGUUGCGUCGAUCGUGAUCUUCAAAUAACAGCCAGAUAUCAUCUCAUCAAGCAUUUAUUUCGCAAAAUGGCGCCAUUUUCCAACUAAGCUGUCAUCUAAAAAAGGCCUAACCAACAACAGACAACAAUAAACCGACUGAAAAUUGCGUUCAGAUUCCCUCAAAGUGCGUAACAAGCCCUGGAACGAGUGUGAACAUUGAAAUUCGGACGUUGCAAAACAUGGAAACGAAAGCUACGGAAGUCCCAAUCAGCGAUGCUGAUCAUUUGAAGAAAAACGGAAACGAGAUUCACGUUUUUCAUAUUUGCACAAAUGCAACUGUGCCGGAAGUGGAAUCCAAAAACGCCACGGUGGAACAGCAAACGCUGACACCCACAAAAGUGUACGGUCGACGAUGGCUGAUGCUCCUGAUUUUUGUCCUUGUAUCAAUGAUGAACGCCUUCCAAUGGAUACAAUUUUCCAUCAUCACCAGUUUACUGAUCAAAUAUUACGGCGUAGACAGUCAGACGGUCAACUGGACGUCGUUGGUUUACAUGGUCGUUUACGUUCCACUAAUCUUCCCAGGUGCUUGGGUCAUGGACAAAAUGGGAUUAAGAGUGACGUUAUUGAUUGGCAGUUUUGGAACGGCAGCCGGUGCAUGGAUUAAAGUAUUUUCCGUUGCACCUGAUCGGUUUUACGUUGCCCUUAUAGGUCAAACGAUAGCAGCCAUUUCUCAAGUGUUUAUUUUGAGUGUUCCACCAAACAUAGCUGCAACAUGGUUUGGCUCCAAUCAAGUUUCAUCGGCCUGUUCCAUCGGCGUAUUCGGCAACCAGUUAGGUGUGGCUCUUGGUUUUCUGUUACCACCCGUUUUGGUGAAGGACGGCACUGUCGAAGAAAUUGGCGCCGGCCUAAGUCUCAUGUUUUACAUCGUAGCCGGAAUUUGCACAGUUUUGCUCAUUGCCGUCAUCGUAGGUUUUCAAGCCAAACCGCCUAUGCCUCCGAGCGUGGCUCGUUACUCCAACUCGACAGAAUCCACGAAUUAUUCGCAGUCGAUCAAGCGGAUUCUAUUGAACAGAGACUACGUCGUUCUGCUGGUCACUUAUGGCAUUAACGUUGGCGUUUUUUAUGCCAUGUCAACCCUUCUGAAUCAAACAGUUCUGCUGCACUUUCCUGGCCAAGAAGAAAGUGCGGGUCAAAUUGGAUUGACAAUCGUCGUUUGCGGAAUGGCUGGCUCCGUGCUGGGAGGAAUUAUUCUCGAUCGGACGCAUAAAUUUAAAGAAACCACUCUAGCGGUGUAUGGAUUGGCCGUGGUGGGAAUGGUGGCCUAUACUUUCAGCUUUAAUGUCGAGCUUAUCGCUGUCACAUUCGUCACGGCUGGAGCCGUUGGGUUUUUCAUGACGGGAUACUUACCAGUGGGAUUUGAAUUUGCGGCCGAGUUGACCUAUCCAGAACCGGAAGGAACUUCAUCCGGACUGCUGAAUGCGUCCGCUCAGAUUUUCGGUGUCGUGUUCACUAUUUUAGGCGGCUGGUUGCUGGCAGAUUACGGUGACCUCGUCUGCAAUGGUACGUUGACGUUAGCUUUGCUCAUCGGAGCCAUUGUGACGGUGUUCAUCCGUCCGAAACUCAGACGUCAGAAAGCCGUUAAUAGUUUCCAAUAACCAGCGGCUUGUUGCACUUAACGCCGUUCCAUUUGCUCUCUCUCAAGCUGUGCUUUUAUAAUUGUUAUUAUUAUUGUAUAGACUCGUUUGAAAUAAA